GCGCCACUUGGAGGUAAGACCUGAAACUUCCCUCUAUAUCUGAACUGGCAGUGUGCCCUGAUCCGCGGCGCUGUUAUAAUGUCGGUACAGUGAAAAUAAAAACAAAAAAUGCGUGAAUUAUGAAUACAACAGUGGUUAAACGAUUAUUUUUCGUGAUAAAACACGGAUUAUGGAACAUUUAAUAAGACCUUUUCAUUAAUUGCACUUUCUUUCAAAGUGGUCAAGAGAAAAUUUUAUUAUCACAAUGUCACGAUUAAAAAUAGUCAAAUUUCGGAAGGAGAAAAUCCAAAUUUUUUAUCUGGUUCACAAAUAGUUAUUCGAUUGAUUAUGAAAAGAAAGUCGACGACAGGCAAAUUAAAAGAUUUUAAUGACAUGAUUACAAAAAGCUCACAACUUCCAAAAAAUCCUGGAUAAAAUCGGAAAAUGUUGAAUGUCAUGGCAGUGGUGACAACGACUUUACCGAUUCGAUUAGACUCUCUACCAACGCCAGGAAAUGAAAAUACAUCUGGUGCACCGAAUAACGUAACAUCAGUGCCACCUGAAAAUCCAACGGUCGACAACCUACCCGAGAAUGUGAAUUUAUUCGUUAUUGUUGUGAAGGGUAUUAUAAUGGGAAGCAUUAUAACGGCAGCAAUACUGGGUAAUGCGCUAGUUAUUGCAAGUGUGCAACGUCAUCGACGGCUAAAAGUUUUGACAAAUUGUUAUGUGGUGAGUCUUGCGGCUGCUGAUCUUUUGGUGGCUGUUUGCGCAAUGACCUUCAAUGCUUCAGUUGAGCUCUCGGGUGGUAGAUGGCUAUUUGGAAGAUUUAUGUGCGAUAUCUGGUGUUCUUUGGAUGUCUAUUUUUCAACAGCAUCAAUUCUUCAUCUCUGCUGCAUCAGUGUCGAUCGUUAUAUUGCAAUUGUCAGUCCACUGGAAUACGGUGUCAUAAUGACGCAUAGAACAGCUGUUUUCAUGCUUGGAAUGACAUGGCUAUUGCCAGCACUUAUCAGUUUCAUUCCUAUUUUCAUGGGCUGGUAUUCCACCGACGAUCAUCUCGAGCAAAUGGCCAAAAAUCCAGAGAAGUGUGAUUUCGUUGUCAAUCGUCCCUAUGCUGUGAUAAGUUCGUGCGUGUCGUUUUGGAUACCGGGACUAGUGAUGAUUGUGAUGUAUUGUAAAAUCUAUAAAGAAGCAGUGCGCCAAAGAAAAGCUUUGAGUCGAACAUCGAGUAAUAUCGUUUUGAAUAGUGUCCAUCAUCACAGAUCGUCAACCAGGCAUCAUCAUCAUCAUCAACAAUUAUUACUUCAAGCAGCUGCCGAGACUGGAGAAUUAGCACUUCAUACUGUGCACUUCAAAACAUCAACAGAGCUUCACCUUAUUAACGAUUCAAUGAUCGUUCAAACAUAUCCUCCUUCCUUCUUUCAAAGUGGACAAUUACAGUUACAACUCGACAACCGCAGCCAAGUUCAAUUUCAGUCGCAGUUAGUGGAAAAUGUUGAGUAUGUCAAUUAUGUGGAAGGAAAUGCUUCUCAACCCGAGUCUCAGUUACAAUCAAAGGAAAAUGUUAAUUUCAUAUUUUACGUGGAACCUGAAGAUUUCGAACAUCAACCUCAGUCAGUAGAUAAUGUGGAUAAACAAAAUUUUGAACAUCAGCCUCAGUCAGAAAAUAAUGUGAAUAAUGGCCCGAACACAGAAGGAGAAGACGUUGAACGUCAAACCCUCUCAGAAAAUAAUGCGGAUAAUUAUCUGCAUAUACAGGAAGAAGAUGUUGAACUCCAAGCACAGACAGAAGAUAAUUUUAAUAAUGUUUCGAACACAGAAGAAGAAGACGUUCAGCGUGAGACGCAAUUAGAAAAUAUUGAGGAUAAUCGACUGUAUACACAGGAAGAGAGUGUUGAACACCAGGCACAGUCAGCUGAAAAUAAGGAUAAUGGUCCGAACCCACAAGAAGAUAUGGAACGUCAAACACUAAUCUCCUCUAAUCCUUUCGUAAAAACGAGGCACAACAAUACGACAACAAUCGAAAAGUUGGAGAGCGGAACACAAGGCUGCCAGAACAUUAGGGAUAAUAAUGGGUACAUUUCUUCUAUGCUGGCUGCCCUUUUUUACAUGGUACUUGACAGCUUCACUAUGUGCCGAAGCUUGCUACUUUCCGGAUGCGGUGGUUUCGGUCCUAUUUUGGAUAGGGUAUUUCAAUAGCGCCUUGAAUCCGUUGAUUUACGCUUACUUCAAUCGUGACUUCCGCGAAGCCUUCAAGGAUACAAUAAAAAGUGCUUUACCAUGCUGUGAGACUUGCUGGAAAACACCAUCACAAUUUGUCUAGCGAGAAAAUAAUUCCGGUGAUUCAAAAUCAUCCGGACAGUGUUGGCAUCAAAUGGUACACAUGCAACCAAAAUGGAUUCGACGUCGAAAUUCACAUCGUAAUAAUGAUUCGAUUCCAAACAGUUGUUCCUAAUUCUCAUCUUACUUUCCAUCCUUCCUAAAUUAAAGGACAUCAAACUUUGAAAAUAAUAUCAAAUCAAAACUGUACUUGAUCACUUGUUGCAUAACGAGUAUCAACACGACAGAUAAUAAUGAUGUACAUAGGGAAAAUUAAAUAUAAAACAAAAAAAUAAUCUCUGCCCUUUGGUCAAAUGACGCAAUACAAGCGCCCAAAUCUCAACGUGGCAUCGUUUAAAUGCGCUUUUAGAAGAUUAGCGUCUUGUGUAAAUACGAGAGAUGUAGAAUUAUGAAGAAUUUGACUGAUGUAAGUCGUGUUAAGUUUAAAAGGCUUAGUCUUGAAAUUAUAGUGUUCGCUACC